AUGUCUGAGCCUAAGAACCAGCCGGUAGAGGAGCCAACCAUCCCGCCCGAAGAAGGGGUCAAGGGCUGGCUGACGGUGGCCGGAAGCUUUUGCGCCCUAUUCUCCUCCUUUGGGUUCCUGAAUGCUAUCGGAGUCUUCCAAACAACAUAUCAACAGACGUCGCUCAAAGAUUACGACGCGUCCGACAUAUCAUGGAUUUUCGCCGUGCAGCUGGCCCUCAUGUGGGCGCCGGGACCGCUAUGGGGCCGCAUGAUUGACACUUAUGGCCCGAUCCCGGUCCUCUGGCCAUGCAGCAUUCUCUGUGUGCUAGGACUUUGUAUGACUAGCCUGGCGCACGAGUACUAUCAAAUAUUCCUUGCGCAAGGCCUCUGCUUCGGCAUCGGAGCCGGUGGUGUUUUCACUUCGGCCAUGAUUUGCGUCGGCCAAUGGUUCGUUCGCCGCCGAGGCCUUGCAACUGGCAUUGCGGUAUCGGGAAGUUCACUUGGGGGUGUUAUCUUUCCCAUAUUCCUUGACCGGGUCAUCAAUGACAUCGGCUUCUAUGGUGCCGUUCGGUAUACAGCGCUAUUCGUCGGAAUUAUGCUGGCAAUAGCCUGCCUACUGAUCCGCAGCCGUCUUCCGCGCAAAGAGUGGAACGGUAAAGCAGCGUGGGUCGACCUGACUCUGCUGAAGGAUACCGCAUUUGGAUUGUACACCGCUGGCGCAUUUUUCAUCAUGUUCGUCAUUCGUUCCUAUCAAUGGCCUUACCCAUCCACUGACAGUGACAGGUGGGGUCUCUGGGCCCCUUUCGACUAUAUUUCCAGCAUGGCAGAGAACGCGGGAUUUUCGUCGACUCUUGCUCUCUACCUGAUUUCUAUCAUCAAUGCCGCCUCCAUCUUCGGACGUCUCAUCCCUCCUCAGCUAGCAGACGUGUUUGGUCACUUCAACGUCCUGACACUCUGCUGCUUCGGUACUGGAGUGUCAAUGCUCUGUCUUUGGCUUCCUUUCAACUACCACCCUUCACAUGCGGGCAUUAUCGUCUUCUCGGCGGUCUAUGGCUUCGUCAGUGGCGCGGUUGUCUCCCUUAUGAUGCCAUGUGUUGCCAAAGUGGGAGAUCUGCAAACCCUGGGUCAGCGAUUUGGAACAUUUCAGCUAAUCAUGUCAGUAAGCUGCCUGACCGGGUUGCCGAUCAUGGGAGCCAUACUCGAAAAGCAAAAUUACACGGAUUACUCAGGGUUGCAGCUUUUUGGUGCUUGCUGUGGGAUAUUAGGGUCAGUUUUGAUCGGAGCAGCGACGUUCUUGCUCAGGAAAAUGCGGAAUACGAGCAAAAUAUGA